AGGAUGGAACAGUCUCGAUAAAAAAUGUCCAGUUCGAUGACCGUCUUGUUGGGGUGAAGGAACUCACGAUCAAGUGUGAAAGUCUGAUGUGUUACCAACGAAUUGAGGUACAGUAAGGGUCUUACCCUAUUUGCAAAUAAAUUUGCCUUGUAUCAAAUUCAUUAAUAAUUCAUGAGUAAAUUAGCCAACCAUAUUGCUUUAUUUUGCUCAAAUGGUAAUACUGCAUCAUAGAUAUCUUAUAUACACUAGAUAGUGCAUCUAAUUAUUCUGCAAUUCAAAAAUUGAAGCCGUGAUUGCAGUCUCAGGUCGUUGCCAUGAAAUUAGAAGAUUCGUAUGGUUUCUAUUUCUUAAACGGGGAACUUAAACAUUAAGUUAACCCUAUUCCAAAUUCGUUUUUAAAAUAUUCAAAUGAUGAAAGUUAUUGUUGUUUUUAAGCGUUUGUUAUAGAGUGGGAACGACCAACAUGGCCGCCAUCUAUUCAAAUGGGGGUAACCGCUGGAAUAUUCUUGGCUUCAAUUUUACUAAAAGAGAUGCGCUAUCUGGUGUAUAUAAGAUAUCUAUGUACUGCAUACUGUACUUGGUGAAUUAUAUUGAUCCAGUCCUAGGACUAGAUCAAAAUUAAAUCACCUCACUUUAACUUAAGUAGUGAUUUAUUCGUUUGAGAUGUCAUUUCGAAUCCUCCAAUACAGACUGGACUAGAUUUCAAGUCCUCGCAUUUUGGUCCAGUCCUCGCGGCUUCGCCCUCGCAUUGCGCGGUUUUGAAAUCUAGUCCAGUCCUCAUAGUGGGAUUUGAAAUAUUACUUAUAUGAUCUAUAGAGCUGUGCGGUUAACCGAAAAAUUCGGUUCUUCCGGUACUUUUUUUAGCAUCGAAAAACUAUACGCAAAAAACCGGUAGUUUCGGUUUUAAUUUCCCGUUUAACGCCAACCUGAUUGCAGGUUGAAAUGUUUGGAAAAUAACAAGAUUGUGCUCUUUGUGCACAAUAUGCACUGUACUAAGUGCUCAAAUAGUUGAUAUUUUAGUUGUGAUAGUUAUUUUUGUGAACUUGCUUUAAAUUUUUUUAAAAACUAAGAAAUAUUUCAUGUUCAUAAAUAAAUUCCAAUUGUUCUUUUAAAAUAUUCAGAGAUUUAUACAAACUUAUAAAGGCAUAAAUUCAUCUAUUUAGUAAAAAUGCUCUAAACAUACAUAAAUGAGUUCAUACAUUUGUACUGUUCUUCUUUUUUGAAAAUAACCGAAACCGAACCGAACCGAGUUUUUUUUGUUCCAAAAAAAACGAGGUUUUUUUGUUCCAAAAAAACCGAAACAGGAACCGAGAUAAAAUUUUUGGAACCGCACAGCUCUGAAUUGAUCUAACCAGGAACAGCUGCGAAAAAUGCAACUGUAGGUCCCUGUCAGGAAUCGAACCUGCGACCCUGCGAUUCCGGUGCAGCGCUCCAAAUAACUGAGCUACAGAGAGACAGUUGUCAAGCUCUAACCAACUGAGCUACAGAGAGACAGUUGUCGAGCUCUAACCAACUGAGCUACAGAGAGACAGUUGUCGAGCUCUAACUAACCAGGAACAGCUGCGAAAAAUGCAACUGUAGGUCCCUGUCAGGAAUCGAACCUGCGACCCUGCGAUUCCGGUGCAGCGCUCCAAAUAACUGAGCUACAGAGAGACAGUUGUCAAGCUCUAACAUAACUGAGCUACAGAGAGACAGUUGUCAAGCUCUAACCAACUGAGCUACAGAGAGACAGUUGUCAAGCUCUAACCAACUGAGCUACAGAGAGACAGUUGUCGAGCUCUAACCAACUGAACUACAGAGAGACAGUUGUCGAGCUCUAACCAACUGAACUACAGAGAGAAGUUGUCGAGCUCUAACCAACUGAACUACAGAGAGAUAGUUGUCGAGCUCUAACCAACUGAGCUACAGAGAGACAGUUGUCGAGCUCUAACCAACUGAACUACAGAGAGACAGUUGUCGAGCUCUAACCAACUGAGCUACAGAGGCCAGUUGUCGAGCUCUAACCGCAGGUUUAUGUAUUAUACUAAGGUACUGCCAUGUGUAGGUCAUGGCAGGGAUGGAUCUAGCAUGAUGUGGUGGUGGGGGGGGGUGCUCUGCCAGCUCUGGUAGUGCCGAGUUGUGUCUGUCAUGUGUGCCGCCCGCCCAUCAACUUGCUUCACUACUGUAAAGUCUUGCUUCACUACUGUAUUUGAAUUGUAAUUGUUGUUCACAGUUUGCGUAUAUCAUCAUGUUAUUACUCAAAUUACCGUAUCUCAUUUUGCCUCUAAUAAUUUUUUGUUUUAUCAUGAAAAAAUAGCACCCCCCCCCCUGCACCCCAUCUGGCCAGGGCUAGGGGGGUGCACCCCUCCCCCCCGCACCCCCAGUAAAUCCAUCCCUGGGUUAUGGAUGUCCAAUUUGAGGACCACUUGGGAAAAUCUGCUUUUGCAUGAACGGCUGAUUAUCAUAUUUUCAGAUGCGUUUCUGACGGCUUCUAAAAAUCCCUAUAAAAAACUUCACAAUGCGCUUAAUUAAGAGAGGUAUUAAUAUUUUUAUUUAGGUGAGAAGUGGACCGCCUGCUAAGCUAAGAAUUAUAAGUUUCAACGCAACACCGGUAAGUAUUUUGCGAUAUUACAAGUUGGCACUAUCAGACUUGUUACAAGGGUGUUCUAACAAGUCUGAUACAGUCAUGAUGUAACAAUAAUGUGACAAGGUUGUAACAAUAUUGUUAUAUCAUGUCUGUAUUGGUCUUGUUUGGAACAACCUUGUAACAAGUCUGAUAAUGUCAACAAGGUUGUUCCAUACAUGUUGACAACUUGGGACAAGCAGUGCGAACACAACUUGUUGACGGCUUGUUGGCAGACUUGCUACAAGACAGUGUGAGAUUUUUACGUGUUGUUUUUAUCCGUUUUACUGGGUUUUUUCCAGCAUAUCGGUGUCUUCAGCAACUGUCAGUUUCCCAAGCCAAUCGUUCUUCAGCUGUGUGAUGCAUUUGGUAAUCCAUGUCUUGAAAGUAAUAUCAAAGUCGCACUGAAUAAGGACUCGGGAUUAAAGGUUGGUUUUUAUAUGUAUUUUGCCUCACUUUAUGCCCAAAGGGCAAAGGCUCAUUUCCACUCUGAAAAUUUUUCGCAGAAAGAAAAUUUUGUAAAAUGUAAUUGGCCGACACAAAUUUUCCGUCGGAAAAAAAUUUUGAAGUUGAAAAUUUUCAACUUUUUAACAAUGAUAUUUUCGGAAAAUUUUCUGUCCGUGAAAAUUUUUCUUGAGUGAAAUGGGCCUUAAGAGUAGUUCCUUAUUUACGUAUUUCCUGAGUGUAAUUUUGUUGUGUACAUUUCAUUUAUCCUGUAGUUAAAUCCCGUACCAUCUCCUCAGAAAACUGAUGCUAAAGGACAAGUGACGUUUAGUCAUUUCGAAGUGUCGGGGCAAAGGUAUAAGAACCAGUUUACCUUGGUUCCAGAGGCUCUUUGCGAGGCGAAAGAAACGAGAGGCGAGAAGGAAGAGCCUCUGGUCACAUCGGUUGCAAAUCCCACUUCCACACUUGAUUAGGUUCAGAUUUGAAUCUCGCAUGUGAUUGGCCAUUUGUAAAAAUAUGUCAAACCGAUUUGGGAAAUAAACAUUAGAGAGGUUAAGAUACCCCGGUUUCGGUGUACGGGUACGAGUAGUGUCAUCUUGUUUUACUGAUGUCUGUAAUUCGAUCAUACUUUUUCUGUUUUCUUGCAAUAGACAAUGAUAUAAUGCGAAAGAUGUGCACCUUAAUUACGAGUAAAGGUACAGACAUCUACGAAAAUAUUGCUAAUCAAAAUCAUGCUACCCGUACACGUACACCGAAACCGGGGUAUAUUAACCUCUCUAUUACUGUAAGCUAAUUAUAGCUAUUUAUAUAUAGCUAUAAAUAUGUGAACGAUGCCAACAUACAGAAAUACACUUACUAGCUUUAAAGACACAAGAUGAAGGCAAAAUAGAAUUGUCGCCUGACGAAAUUAGUGAGAAAAUCGCCUAGCUAUUUUCCUCAAUUUCUAGGGCUACCUAUGAGGUCCGAAUUAAAGCUUUAAUUGGUAGAACUGCGAUCGACGCGGAUCCUAUAUCAGUCAGGUAGGUACAAAUGUUGUAACAAGAUUGUUGUCAAGCCGAUAUCAAGAUUAAUUGUUCGCACUGCUUGUUCCCAGUUGUUGCGACAAGUCUGGAACAAGUUGUUAUCACCUUGUUACAUGGUUGAUGACGGUAACAGACUUGCUACAAGUUGUUCCAACAAGCUGUUCGUAACAAGUUGCUACGAGCUUGUUAACAACGUGUGGACGAUAUCAGAUUUGUUGGAACAACUUAAUGCAAGUCUGUUGACCUUGAUUGAGUAUGAUUGGGCGUCCCUUGCAAACACAAUUUUUCUUUGUAUUGCAGGAUUGACGCCAAUCCCAAUAAACCUGUCAAGCUGGUGGUCGACCAAUCCAAGUUUCAAAAUAACUAUGUCGUUGGUAGCACAUUGAAAGGUUCGUAGUUCAAACGAAACAUAUCUUAUUGUUCAUUUGUACCUAGGGAAGUGAUAUCGUUCACUGGGGAAUUUAAAAUGGGGCUCCUAUAAUGUCAUGGUUUUAAAACAGCAGAAACAAUUUUGUAGCCGAAAGCACACAUCAAACACAGAAGUCCUGAACUUGAAAUUAGCAGGUCCUGUUUACUUUUACAAAAUACACUCCACUUUUCUUUUGUAGAUUUUUUUGCCCACGUGGUUGCCGAAGAUGAUCACGUGAUGAAGUGCAACACGAAGGAUUUCGUCCUGAAACUAUGGUCUGUAGAAAACAACAGUUCUUCGUCAGAACCACCCGCUAAGGUUCGUUCGAGUUUGAACUGUUUGGAGAUAAUUAACGCCUGUAUUCUAAAAUCUCACUCACACUCAAAGGCUAUGUUUACAUUGUAUCGGAUCAGUUUUUGUUUCGUUCGCGAAAAGUUACGGCCCGAGUGUAAACAGCUUCCGCCCCGCCCAUCUAUGCCGUCGUAUUUUCUUCUAUAUAUUAUUAGAAUAGUAAGUUGUUGUUUGCCAGAUUCCAUCCGUGUCGCGCAUUGAACCGAAAUUGCUCCGAUUGGUGUUUACAUUACAAUGAGAGCGUUGCAAAAACCGAUCCGAUACACCGCGCACAACUUCGAAGAGCGAACGCACCGCAACACCGGUUCGUUGCAGAAAUUGAGAAGAUAACAACAUUUCAUAUGUAAACAGAAGCCCUAUCCGGUAUGGUUUUUGCGUCGGACGCAAAGUGAUCCGAUAUACAAUGUAAACAUAGCCAAAGAGUGAAGGUUCAAUCUGAGGUCCUAUCUGAGCUUCCCUUGAGUGUCAAUGCUGUUUUUGAAUAGCAGGAGGGUUACGUCUGUAUUCUAAAAGCUCACUCACACUCAGAGAGUGGUGGUUCAAUCUGAGCUCUCCUUGAGUGUCAAUGCAGUUUUUGAAUAGCUGGAGGGUGAGUAGUCACAUAGUGACUACUAACCCUCCAGCUAUUCAAAAACAGUAAUGACACUCAAGGGAAGCUCAGAUUGAACCUCCACUCUUUGAGUGUGAGCGUGAGUGAGCUUUUACAAUACAGGCGUUUGUGUCGUAUCUUACUCUGUGACUAUACUCACCAUCCAGCUAUUCAAGAACAACAUUGACACUCGAGGGAAGCUCGGAUUGAACCUUCACUCUUUGAGUGUGAGCGUGAGUGAGCUUUUACAAUACAGGCUUACGUGUCGUUGUCGAAAUCAUGUCGGUGUCCGAUGUUGAGAUUCGAGGCAACCGCGUUACCUGCCAGUAACUGGAGCUAUUUGUAAAGGUCUUGUGCACAGGCAUGUGAGAUAUGGUGAUCUGGAAACUAAACACAAGUCAUUGUUGUAUGUUUCUGUCGGAAUUUAUGUUUAUUUGUGCACGGCCACAAUGAUAUUGAGCUCAUUGUAUUUUCGUAUAAUGAAGUAACCAUCCAAUAGGGAUAGCUGAGAUGAAACGUGCAACCACGAUGAAUAAUAUUUAAUGAAGUUGAAACAAAGGAUUUAUGCACGGUGAGGUACAGUUUAACAUUAAACAAAGGUUUUCUAUUUUGUGGCUUUGAAGUUUGCCAGGCUUUCAGACCAUCAUAUCUUGACAGACUAUGUACAGGCUAAGUCCUAUACUACUUUAUAAAAGUCAAAGUCAAAACACGUUUCUUUUCACUUUAUUUUUAGGCCAUUUCGUUCCAACCCGCGAAAAAGACCGCUGCAGAUAAGGAGAAUCAUUACUAUUUCCGGUAGGUUGGAAAUGUUUUGCAAAGAAAAAUGGCGCAAUGAAAUUUUUUGUUAGAAUAUAAUAUCUUUUUCAGAGAUAUCACGGUUCCAGAGCAUAUUGGAUCAUAUUGCUUAUUGUUGAUGUACUCGCCCGGUGGAAAUGUUAAACUCAAAUCUGAUCUUGUAAGUUCAUAGCCUGUUGUCUUACCGGAAAUAUUUACACCACAGACAUCUCAUGGGUUACUCUGGUACUGUCAAACUAACUUAACUACAGAAGGAAACCUACACUAAACCAACAUUAUUUAUACUGGAUAGUGCUAUCGGUUCUAAACUGUUCUUCCUAGAGGUCCAGUAAGGAUCAUCUCUUAUUGAUCCAGUGUUAUUAAACUCAAAUCUGAUCUUGUAAGUUCAUAGCCUGUUGUCUUACCGGAAAUAUUUACACCACAGACAUCUCAUGGGUUACUCUGGUACUGUCAAACUAACUUAAUCCUACAGAAGGAAACCUACACUAAACCAACAUUAUUUAUACUGGAUAGUGCUAUCGGUUCUAAACUGUUCUUCCUAGAGCUCCAGUAAGGAUCAUCUCUUAUUGAUCCAGUGUUAUUACAGGAGGAAACUAAACUAAACUAACUUUCUUUAUACUGGAUAGCGCUAUCAGUUCUAAACUGUUCUUCCUACAGCUCCAUAAAGGGUCAUCCAGUGUUACUACACCAGGAAAACUAAACCAACAUUGGUCAUCCCUUUUGUUCUGCUGCGAAAUCAGAAACCAUAGUUCUUUUAUCUUCCAUUGCUGUAGAUGCGUAUCUCUCUGCAACCUGGUCCUCCAGUAAAACUUGUACCAGUAGGAAGUCUUGCUACUCCAACAGUGUCCAACACUCAGAGAGCCACAAGCCGUUACCUCAUGAGAAAUACGAAAUUUUUACUCAAAGUAAGAAUAUACCAUGUUUGGUUGACAAGAAAGAUGUGAAAAUUUUCUGAUAGUAGUUUGGUUAUUUAUUAUCUUCUCUGGUGAUCUACCCCACAUUACCUACAUGCCAUACCAUACCAUACCAUACCAUACCAUACUAUACUAUAUUACUAUACUAUACCAUGCCAUACUAUACCAUAUUUACUCAAAGUAAGAAUAUACCAUGUUUGGUUGACAAGAAAGAUGUGAAAAUUUUCUGAUAGUAGUUUGGUUAUUUAUUAUCUUCUCUGGUGAUCUACCCCACAUUACCUACAUUCCAUACCAUACCAUACCAUACCAUACCAUACUAUACUAUACCAUACUAUACCAUACCAUACCAUACCAUACCAUACCAUACCAUACAAUACCAUACCACAGAGGAUGAAAAUGUGGUGGAACUGGGCCAAUUUUGUUAUCUUGCAGAAAAUUCUGGAGAUUAAACUAGAACACGUUUCAUAUUUGGUCUAUUCAGCAAGCCUAGUCUGUUACUUACCACAAAACAUUUAUGGAUCGUCACAUUGUUAUUCUUUUGCACUCUCUUUUUUAGAAUUUAAUUGGCUUAUUGACUAAUAUAUUCCCAGAAAAUUUUACAUAUUUUUAGCUGGUUCCCUGAUAGAUAAAAAUAUUUUCGCCGUAUACCAUACCAUACCACACCAUACCAUACCAUACCAUACCAUACCGUACCAUACCAUACUCCGUAAUGGCAAAAAUCCUGAGUGUUAUUGAAGAUUUUGAAGUGGUGCAGUAGUCAAAUAAUUCAAAAGGAAAGCGACAGAAAUUCGCGCAAAUAAAGCAUAAAACAUCCGAUUCGAUUGAAUUACCGCAUUGUAACAAAACAGUGAAUGCUUGCUACAUUGUAGGACCGGUACGACAACGUCACUGGCACAGAUCUGAGCGGGAAAAUCGAGAUCUGUAUCAACAAAGCACCGCAAACCAGCGAAGUUCCCAUGCUCCAAGGCAACGUUCACAAAACUGAAAUCGCGUUGGUGAAUGGCGCUGCAACAGUUCCAACCCUCUCUAUCGAGCAGAAUACGGCUGGCAAGGACGGGCAAGAAUAUGUACUCAGUUUUACCGCACAUGUCGGCGGACGGCGACAGAGUAUUCCUCCUUUUACUUUACCUUUUUUAUUUUAUAACGGUAAGACGAGAAAUGUGAGAAAUGUAUUUAUCAAACUCGUGAAGAAAAUUGAAGAGAAAUGUUUAAUAUUUCCAUUUUUGUAAAAUCGUUCUGCAAUUUGUUCAACUUGCCUUACCUUUCUUCUAGACGUUCGUAAGCAGCAACAAAGUGCCCAGUUAACAAAAGAACGAGAUCAUUUGUUUGAAACGAUCAAAGCAUACAGGUCAUUGUUUGACACCACCAGACAACUCAUUAACGAAAUGAAAGGUAUUAGAUGUUGUUAUUUAGAACCAGAAAUUUAUUUAUACUGCGUAGCUCUGUCAGUUCCAAACCGUUCUUCCUAGAGCUCCAGUAAUUAGGAUCAUCUCUUAUUGAUCCAGUGUUACUACAGGAGGAAACUUAAACAAAACUAAUUUGACACCACCAGACAACUCAUUAACGAAAUGAAAGGUAUUAGAUGUUGUUAUUUAGAACCAGAUAUUUAUUUAUACUGCGUAGCUCUGUCAGUUCCAAACCGUUCUUCCUAGAGGUCCAGUAAUGGAUCAUCUCUUAUUGAUCCAGUGUUACUACAGGAGGAAACCUAAACUAAACUAACUUUACUUAUACUGGAUAGCUUUAUCAGUUCUAAACUGUUCUUCCUAGAGGUCCAGUAAGGAUCAUCUCUUAUUGAUCCAGUGUUACUACGGGAGGAAAUCUAAACUAAACUAACUUUACUUAUACUGGAUAGCUUUAUCAGUUCUAAACUGUUCUCAUCCUUCAUUGGUUCGUUGUUUCGACAGGGAGAAACCUAAACUAAACUACCUGUAUUUAUACUAGAUUUAUAUUGAACUGUUUCCUAUUUUCUCCUGCAAAAUAAACAAACACAUUUAUUGUGUCUUCAUGUAAACGAAGUUGUAUUUAAAUGAAAGAAAAUGUUCUAUUAUCCAGUUGCUGUCCACGAGGCGAGUUUGGCAGAAACAAAACUGCGCUCAGAACUGACCAGACAAAGUGUCCCAGCACAGAAUUUACAUUCGGUAAGUACAGAACAGCUCUCGAAUCACGAGAGCUUAGAUACUAUUUGCUGCACUAUAGCACUUGUAUAGUCUAACCUGGUUUAUCCAUGUCAGCGAGAAAAUGAUAUUUAGUGCUUUUCAUCAAUCGGUUGGUGACAAAUAAAGCUGUGCUCAAACGAGGAUGAGAGUUGAGAAGCGAGAAUUUGCAUGAGAGUUUUCUCAACUCUCAUGUCCCGGUCAAACGAGAACAAGAGUUGAUUUGCUGCACUAUAGCACUUGUAUAGUCUAACCUGGUUUAUCCAUGUCAGCGAGAAAAUGAUAUUUAGUGCUUUUCAUCAAUCGGUUGGUGACAAAUAAAGCUGUGCUCAAACGAGAAUGAGAGUUGAGAAGCGAGAAUUUGCAUGAGAGUUUUCUCAACUCUCAUGCCCCGGUCAAACGAGAACAAGAGUUGCAUGAGAGUUAGUGCUUUUCAUCAAUCGGUUGGUGACAAAUAAAGCUGUGCUCAAACGAGCGAUGAGAGUUGAGAAGCGAGAAUUUGCAUGAGAGUUUUCUCAACUCUCAUGUCCCGGUCAAACGAGAACAAGAGUUGCAUGAGAGUUGAGAAGCGAGAGUUUGCAUGAGAGUUUUCUUAACUUUCAUGUCCCGGUCAAACGAGAACAAGAGUUGCAUGAGAGUUGAUGAGAUUUUGAUAUCUCUUCUUUAGACUGGAUCAGUCGAUGCGUUUAUUGGACAGUUAACCACCAAGCGGAAUACAUUACAGAAUACACCUCGGCGGCAAUGUAGUUUGAACCCAGGGCCACGCGGCGAAGCUGGAGUUCUGGGAAAGGUAAGAACCUGAUUGGGGAAGGGGGUUCUAUUUGUCUUGAAUUAUUUCCAAACCGUAUAUUCUCCCUGGAGGUACAGUUAGAGUCACUUCAGCUAAACUAAUUUUAAGUUCUAAGCUGUUCAGCCUGUUCUUCCUAUAGAGUCCCAGUAAGAGUGUUCUCUUAUUGAUCCAGUGUUACUACAGGAGGAAACCUAAACUAAACUAACUUUUUUUAUACUAGAUAGUUCUAUCAGUUCUAAACUGUUCUCCCUAGAGGCCUAGUAAGGAUCAUCUCUUAUUGAUUCAGUGUUACUACAGGAGGAAGCCUAAACUAAAGUAACUUUAUUUAUACUGGAUAGCUCUAUCAGUUCUACACUGUUCUUCCUAGAUGCCCACAGUAAGUUUCAUCUAAAAGGCCCUGUAAGAAUGAUCUCUUAUUAGUGUUACUACAUGAAGAAUGUCUGGAAGCACUCUUCUGGCAUGCGACUGAGGCAAAAUUAUAUCAGAUAAGUGGAAUGAAACCCCAAUGAUAGAAAUGAAAAUCAGAUGCAAUAACCACUAACACACAUUUUAGGUCGCACAUCUUGCGGAAGUGAUGGAGAAUGAUAUUGCAAGGGUGUUAUCGUGGCAUUUGUCUGGAGAUAUGGAUUGUGUUAUCACAUUAACCACUGAAAAGGUACUUACCAAACGAUAUAAACGAAUUUGUCUAUUGGACCGGCAACCUUAGAAAUGAUUUUCUGAUACUCUCCUCAUAUUUGUUGCAGGCGAAGAAAGUUUAUCAUGAAUCAAAAGGAACGCAACAAGUGUUGCCCCUGGAUUCUAUUUACAAACGGAGCUUACCAGAAUGGAACAAGUAUGUUAGCUCAGUUGGUUAGAACACUGCGGGCCUAUAUUUGCAUUUUUCCCAACUGUUCCUGGUUAAGUCUCAUAAAUGUAUAGAAACACGCGAUAAUUUCCAUCUACAAAACCUAUAAACUAAACACUAAACGUUCCUGCCUUUACUGCCCCCCCCCCCCGCCCAUACGGUAAGGGUAUAGAUUUUGAAGCGAGGUAAUAUGGCAACCAUUUCUCAUGUAGGCCACUACCUCAUGAAAGAUCAAGGUCAAAUAGUCAACCUGCUGGCCAUCCAAUCUACGCCAGGUCUGCACUUAUCUUUCCACAAGAACAGGAAAACUGUAAAAUUGGUAAGUCGAAGCUGGCGAAUAAACAUAGAACAGUGGUUCCGGCAUGCGCUGUUCGCGUGUUCUCAGUAUCCCUGAUCUCAUCCUGUAAUAAAACUGAAGUAAUAAGACAUGGUCCUUACAGGACCUCUGGGAAGAACAUUUUUGGAACUGAUAGAACUAUCCAGUAUAAAUAAAGUUAGUUUAGUUUAGGUUUCCUCCUGUAGUAACACUGGAUAGAACAGUGGUUCCGGCAUGCGCUGUUCGCGUGUUCUCAGUAUCCCUGAUCUCAUCCUGUAAUAAAACUGAAGUAAUAAGACAUGGUCCUUACAGGACCUCUGGGAAGAACAUUUUUGGAACUGAUAGAACUAUCCAGUAUAAAUAAAGUUAGUUUAGUUUAGGUUUCCUCCUGUAGUAACACUGGAUCAAUAAGAGAUGAUCCUUACUGGACCUCUAGGAAGAACAGUCUAGAACUGAUAGAGCUACCCAGUAUAAAGUUAGUUUAUGUUUUCUCCUGUAGUAAUACUGGACCAAUCUCAUAUUGCCCUUACUGAGCCUCUGGGGGGAAUAAUUUAGAGUUUCCCUUGUAUAAUCGACCAACCGAGAAAUCACCUGACAUAUAAACAUUUUAUUUUCAUUUUAAGUUUUUGGUAUGUUGCUUGGUGAUACAAUCAUUCUGGAUAAUCUCGACUGUGCAAACAGCUACCGUCAGGAGGUUUGUGAAUUCUCACCUAUCGCACGUCGUAGGCUAAUUCUUAACCCAUUCCGUUGCCCUUUUCAAACGUAUUUUUUAUGUGUUGUCAUCUAGGUGGUGAAAUACACGCAUUGUCCAACUAUCUUGACAAGAACUGGUGAUCGUAUUAGAAGCAAUGGUAUGUAUCAUCUCAACAGGGGUGGAAAAAAUAUUCUACUUUCUGAGAUCGCAAGAGGUUCAUUGAAAAAUUUUCUGUGAAUGAUCAAGUAAAUCGACAUUUGGACACCAUAGUCUAUCAAGAUAUGAUCAUCUGGAAACUAAAGCUACGGAUACACGGCCAAUACUUUUCUGGCGAUGGCAAUGCAAUGGUGGUAAAAUCGUUGCAUUGCCGUCGCGAGAAAGAAAUUGCUUGUGUAUCAUGCUCUGCGACGGCAAAGCAAAGCUGCGCGCAAUCGUUGCCGAAAUUUCAAAUCAUUUGAUUUUCGGCAAUGAUUGCCGAAAAUUGGGAGGUGUGGUCAAGGAAGAUCAAGGUUGAUGAAUGACACGUUUCUUGACCAGCCAAUGAAAAGCGUUAUAAAGACGUAUAUUGUAGGUGAAAUAUUGCAGGUGUAGCCACAUUGUGCGACGGCAACGCAAUGCUGUUAUCACCCAUUGCGUAACCAUCGCAGCAAAAAUAUUGCUCGUGUAUCCGAAGCUUAAACAGAAGUGUUUGCGAUAUGUUUUUGUCUGAGGUUAUAUUAAUUUGCGCACGGUCACGGUGAUUGAGCGGAUUGUAUUUUCGUAUAAUGAAGUAACCGUCCAAUAGGGAUAGCUGAGAUGAAACGUGCAACCACGAUGAAUAAUAUUUAAUGAAGUUGAGACAAAGGAUUUGUGCACGGCGAAGUACAGUUUAACAUUAAACAAAAGUUUUCUAUUCUGUGACUUUGAUGUUUGCCGGGAUCCAGACCAUCAUAUCUUGACAGACUAUGGUCAAACUGAAUAUCAUGCUAUAUUCUAAUAGAAAAAAAUUAAUUUCAGUGCACUGUGAAUCUUAAUAAUUCUAUACAUGGUAUGGACAGGAUCGUGUGAAUCCUAAUCCGGUCCGAUUUCUUUAAUAAUCUUUAUUUGUUUUGUGGAUUGUAGGUAAAUUUGGAGGUUUACAGAACAAAGCUCCAGCAAUUGAGAGACUACGUGGUGUCGUGUUUGCGGCACCCUUACCGCUCACUUAUCACACGAUAUGUACUCAACUGGGUAGGUACCAUAGAGUGACAAGUGGGGGUUAUAUACUGUAGCAGAUGUGCUACGAAUGGACCAUUUGCAUUAUAGACUAAAUUUUGAUCUAGACAAAAAUUUCAUCACAGCUUGAAAGAGCAUCACAAAAUUAGUAAUAUUCCAAAGUUUCAUUGCGAAAUGUUGUAAUGCAAAUGGUCCAUUCGUUGUACUCUGUAUAUUACACACGUAAAAACACACAAGUUGUAAUAAACCUGCAGCAGAUUUGUAGCAUUGCUGUUCCAACAACUUGUCAACAGGAUGUGUUCGCACUGCUUGUUCCCAGUUUGUUGGCAAGUGGUAAACGGCUUGUUGACAACUUGCUACAAGGUUGUUGAGCUCAACAGACUUGUUACAAAUUGUUCCAACAACUUGUUAUCGUCCUGCAAUUUAUCAAGUUGUCAACAAGUUGUGACUGUGUGUCAUAAGUUGUGACUGCAGCAGAUUUGUAGCAUUGCUGUUCCAACAACUUGUCAACAGGAUGUGUUCGCACUGCUUGUUCCCAGUUUGUUGGCAAGUGGUAAACGGCUUGUUGACAACUUGCUACAAGGUUGUUGAGCUCAACAGACUUCGGAAGAGCAAUUUAUCAAGUUGUCAACAAGUUGUGACUGUGUGUCAUAAGUUGUGACUGCAGCAGACUUGUAGCAAUGCUGUUCCAACAACUUGUCAGCAGGAUGUGUUCGCACUGCUUGUUCCCAGCUUGUUGGCAACGGCUUGUUAACAACUUGCUACAAGGUUGUCGAGCUCAACAGACUUCGUCCUGCAAUUUAUCAUGUUGUCAAGAAGUUGUGAGUGAUCGUAGCAAUUUGAUAUAAUAACAGCAUUGUUACAACUUGUUGACAAGCUUGCUACAAAUUACCUGUUGCCAAAAAUCUUGUUGACAAGUUGUGAGUGACAACCUUGUACUCUUGUAGCAACUUGAUAACAUAACAGCAUUGUUACAACUUGUUGACAAGCUUGCUACAAGCCUGUUUUUUACUUGUGUAGUAGAUGAUAUAAUUAGGAUAUCCCAGAAGUGGGCAGUCAAGGAGCACUUCGGUACAGUCCAUCGCGAAAUAAACCUAAUAUCCGUGAAUGCUCUCUUUUUCUUAGAACAAUUUAAAGCGUUUAAACAAGCCAUGAUCAAACACUCCCAGGCUCAGGAUGAUUACAAGGUACCGUCAUUUAUAUCACGACACGAUCAACGACGAUGAGAGUUUUUAAAUAAAUUGUGCACUCUCGUUUGAGCGCCAACUCUCAUCGACUCAUGAACUUUGAGAUUCAAAUUUUGAUGAAACACACUUUAUUAUUUGCAAACUCUCGCUUGCCAACUCUUAUUCUUGUUUGACCAGGGAGUAGUAUUCUACUAAAACGCGCAGUAGUUUGUGUCUGCGUAGUUCGAAGUCCCUACCAAAGGCCCUCUAAAAGACCAAUUUCCACUCGAAAAAUUCUCAGCAGAAAGAAAAAUUUGUAAAAUUUGAUUUGACCAACACGGAAAAAAAUUUUUAAGUUGAAAAUUUUCAACUUUUAAUGAUAUUUUCGGGAAAUUUUCUGUACGUGGAAAUUUUUCUUGGUGGAAUGGGCCUCUCGUCACGAUUACUACCCAUGCACCCUGUAAUAUGUGGGCAAAAUAAACAACCCGUCGUGUUUCAAACAGACUAAGAACGAUUAUAUGCAUCAUGUCGAUCAUAUUUACGUAUCUUUGCGUUCAGUUGGUGCUGAGGCGUUCGGAUUCUGGCAGUGCGUUGUUUCAGUGGUUUUGGGUUUUUGGGACACCCUGUACAGUAUACUGUGAAUUAAAAGGUUUAUGUUAGGAAGAGGAGGGGCACCAUGCAAUGGACUUUACGUCCAGUUUGUGCCUUGUCCGUUUGAGUACAGCUCUUUAAUUGUAUGUUAGAUGAAUAUUUGUUGAAUUAAUUUGUACUCAAUAAAGUUUAACAAACAAACGACAUACCUCCAUCCAGGUUCAGUUGGAUCAAAUGCAAACUCCCGAGAUGCAAAGCAAGCAUCAGGAAUGUCGCCAGGCCGAGAUCAAAUUACGUGACAUAGAGGAACGCCUUGGCAUGACGCCCGCACAAUACGACAUGCCCGCCAGUCCAGCUACCAUGUUGAAGUCAGCGUUGGGAAGUACGUCAUCGAGAGGGUCACGUACCUCAAAGUCCCCGGGAACAAGAUCCACUCCAAUAGGGCGACCAGCGGCUGACCCAAGAGCAUCGUCGUCAAGGGGGAGCACCGCUGGUCAACAACGUGUUGUGAAUGGAGGCGCAAGCACCCCGACUCGAACUCGACGAAGUACGACAGCUCCCGACUCGUAUGCCUCGCCAAGCAAGCGACCCAGACGAAGUUAAUCAGAAAUUGGAAGACAAACAAGUUUUCACUAAAUCAGCCAUGAGCGGCUAGCGUUGUUUAAGAUGUUUGCAUAUCUGUGAUGCUGAGACUCGCCGCCUACAAGUAGCCUAUUCAAGUUUGCUUCGAGUUUCUCGUUCUGGUACAUUGGUUUCGGGUUGUUCUACGGAAAGGUUAGCAUAAAGCCGUGGCAAAGCUAACCAGGGCAGCUGGUCGUGCCAUAUGCAAAUUUUUAAAUAUUUGUAUUUUUGAAACCUAUUGUCUUUAAACUAUUUUGGUGCAGGUGUAUAAGCAUAGCAUGACCAGUUGCCAUGACUAGUUUCGCUACUGGCAUAAAUCCUGGUUUCUGUUUGGUUGUCAUGGUACCAAGACCCUUACUGUGAUCACAGAAACUUUGAUAGUGUAAACCAUAGUCUAUAGGGCCAAAAAAAUAUGUGGGUUUCCGGUUUCCCGACCCUACCUAGCUUUUGGACGUCGAAAUCCCGACCCUAAACUUUUUUAUUGGAUCAUGCUUGUAAGUGUUUCCACUUAGAGGAAAAAGUUUGUGGAAAAUUGAAAUUUGAGGCAAUAUUAGGGAAAUUUAUCUUUGGAUGUGGACGCACUGACUAAACAAAAUGGCGUACGCUUGUUAGGAAAAAUAAAAAAAAAGUUUAAAAAAAAGAAGUUAAAACCGACCUACCCUACCUACGUUUUUAUAAGAAGAAACCGGAAACCCACAUAUAUUUUUUUUUUGGCCUAGGCUGAUUUCCACUGUUGCGUUUUUCGUACGCACGUACACGCACGUAAAACUUUGAAUCCUUCUAUUUUUGAAAUAUUUUACAAAUACGUUAACAAAUGCAUACUAAAACUUGCGGAACACUAAAUUCUGUUGCUUUAUUUAUUCGGUUAUUUCAUAAGUAACAUUUAAACGGAUUUAAAGUUUUACGUGCGUAUACGUACGUAUGAAAAACGCAACAGUGGAAAUCAGCGUUAUCGAAGGGAAGAUGGCUGUGAAAUAACUCAUUAUCUAUGUUGGACAACGUUUAUUCAUAAUCUGGUCCUUCACCGUCACGUGUGUAUUGUAUUUUUGCCAAAUCCACCAAUAGCAAUUUCCCCUAUUGUUCGAGUCACAAUUCUAUUUCAGAACCAUCCUCAGAGAUACGAAAAACUAGUUUCAUAUUAAUCUGACAUUGCAAUCGAGCAACGAAAAAUUCGUUGGAUUGAUACUGCUCGAUUGCAGUGUCAGAUUAAUAUGAAACUAGUUUUUCGUAUCUCUGAGGAUGGUUCUGAAAUAGAAUUGAAACACUGCGCGCCCUCUAAGACAAGCGUUAAGUCGUUACGAAAAUAUUUCGUGCACUUAAAGGCUGAUUUCCACUGUCGCGUUUUUCAUACGUACGUAUAUACGCACGUAAAACUUUGAAUCCUUCUAUUUUUUAAAUAUUUUACAAAUAAGUUAAAAAAUGCAUGCUAAAACUUGCGGAACACUAAAUUCUGUUAUUUUAUUUAGUUGGUUAUUUCAUAAGUAACAUUUAAAUGGAUUAAAAGUUUUACGUACAUGUAAUGAAAUUACAUGCAAUGAAAAAUUCAUUACAUGUAAUGAAAAACGCAACAGUGGAAAUCAGCCUUAAAUUGGAUAAGACUCGCUACGAAUCCCUGUUGACUCGAUAGCUCAAUAGGUAGAGCGGCGGUCUAGGUACCCGAAGAUGCGAGUUCAAAUCCCGCUCGAGCCAACUAAUUUGUCGUUGCUCGAUUGCAGUGUCAGAUUAAUAUGAAACUAACAGAUAGGUAACUUUAGGUAGGUAAUAUGAAACUAACAGAUAGGUAACUUUUAACAGAUAGGUAACUUUCCUAAAACAUUGCUAUUGGUUAGUUGGGCAAAAAUACAAUACACACGUGACGGUGAAAGGACCAGAUUUAUGAAUAAACGUUGACUAACAUAAAUAACGAGUUAUAUUGUUAUUCUAAUGAGUUUCACAGCCAUCUUCCCUUCGAUAGGCUAUGUGUGAACUAAGCUUUAUUCACGUUUACAAUAAACUCGCGCUUGCCAACUCUCAUUCCGCCAACUUCACAGGGUCGUAACAGUUACGGCUGAAUAGAAACCACGUUUACAUUAGGAGAGUUUUUAAACUGUAUUUAUUGUAGAAAUAGUUGAACAUUUUAGCAUCGCAUACAUAUAGUAUUUAAUGCAUACCGCUGCUUUGCUGCAUUGACAGUUUUUAACAUACAUGUAUCCAAUUGUAUGUAUAUAGCAUUCUAUUAUGUUUGAUGACGCUUUCAGAUAAAACACUGUCUAUCAGUGCAUUCAUUCUGUGCACUAGUGUGCAGUACCAUCUAAAAAAUCUGCUUGACCACACAGUUUGUGUUUUUAAAAUAAUGAUUAACUUCUAUUGUUUGCGAGCUCUUGAAAAGAUUUCAUUUGUUUGUGAGCUCAUGAGAAAUACUCAAGAAUGCUUUAUAGUUAAAAACCAUGUUAAAUAUCUUUAUUUGUAAAAACUGCACAGAUGGUGAUGGACAAUGUUUCUUAUCUGGAAUUGUUAAUCCUUUGUUCAUGUUUUGUUGGAUUCUGUUGAAAAUACCACAUACUAUUUAAAAACAGUUCUUGUUGAGUCAUUUGGGUUGAAUCAUCAUCAGGUAUCCUUGUUCAGUCCAUAUUUUUCUCUCAUCUUCAUAAGCUCUUGUUUCUUCUUUUCCUUGUCCAAUUGUUUAUGCAUCU